AUGACCGCCUUUCGCAAUAAGUCACCCUACUCAUUUGAAGAACAUCAGCUGGCAUUCUUCCCAGAUCUAUCCAGAGCUACCCUGGACUGGAAAAGGACCCUGAGACCCUUAACUCUGGAACUUACAAAACACAAGGUGCCUUAUAGAUGGGGUGCGUCAAGGAGUCUUUUGAUCCCCCACGAAUCCCGGACAUUGAAAGUAUUGGAGGCUUCGGAUAUACCCAGCACCCUACAGAAAAUGGGUUUCCCGCUGCCGCAGAAGGACCGCCGCAUUUACAGCUCUGGACCCAUAGUCGUCUUCCUGGGAUCCCUCAAGGGAUUGUCCUUUUGUGCCUGCUACACUGAGGGGUAG